CAGAGACUGAAUUCAGACCGUUCCCAGUGGCUUGCGCAAACUGCUGUGGAACAAGAAGCAAAGAGCACAAGCAAGCAGAAGCACAAGCAGAAGCAGCGACAAACCCACACCAGUCAUCUUUCCUGCUCUUGCCUCACUCAUCCUUCAGUGUGCAACCACCACAAGCACAGCACACAAGCACCACCAGCAGUAUGUCGCUGAUCACAGUGGCCACUUGCUCCCUGAACCAGUGGGCAUUGGACUUUGAAGGCAACUAUGAGCGCAUCCUGGAAAGUAUUCGGGAAUCCAAGAAGAGGGGUGCCGUUCUUCGUGUUGGCCCUGAGCUGGAGAUCAGUGGAUAUGGCUGCAACGACCACUUCUAUGAGCCGGAUACGUUCUAUCACUCGUAUCAGAUGCUGGCCAAGCUGAUCGCCCACGAAGACUGCCAGGACAUUGUCGUCGACGUCGGCCUGCCCAUGAUGCACAAGUCUGUGCGCUACAACUGCCGCAUCAUCUUCUUCAACGGGAAGGUGCUGCUGAUUCGCCCGAAGAUGUAUCUUGCCAUGAACGGCAACUAUCGCGAGGGCCGCUGGUUCACGCCCUGGCGCAGGCACAGGACGCUUGAGGACUUCAAUCUGCCUGCGGUGGUGCGCAAGGUGACGGGCCAGCUCUCUGUUCCGUUUGGGGACGGCGUCAUAUCUGCAAACGACGUCACCAUCGGCUCUGAGAUCUGCGAGGAGCUCUGGUCCCCAAACAGCCCACACAUCCACAUGGGCCUUGAUGGCAUUGACAUCUUCACCAACGGGUCUGGCAGCCACCACGAACUGCGCAAACUCGACUACCGCCUCAACCUCAUGCGUGACGCAACAGCAAAGAGUGGAGGCGUGUAUCUGUACGCGAACUCGCAGGGCAACGAUGGCGAGCGCGUGUAUUACGACGGGUGCGCACUCAUUGUUCUCAACGGAAAGAUCCUGGCGCAGGGGUCCCAGUUCUCUCUGCGCGACGUGGAGGUGCUGACGGCGACGAUUGACCUUGAGGACAUUCGCACGUACAGGGGCUCGCUCAUCUCGCUUGCGGACCAAGCAGCCGUCAGCAACGCCUACCCGCGCAUCCAGACCGGCCACGACAUGUGCAUGGAGCACGGCUCGGCCAGGCCCACGCGCCCGAUUGAGCCGUUUCUGCACACGCCGGAGCAGGAGAUUGCGCUCGGCCCCGCCUGCUGGCUCUGGGACUACUUGCGCCGCUCUGGCCUGGGUGGAUUUUUCCUCCCGUUGAGCGGCGGAAUGGACAGCUCAUCCACGGCCAGCAUCGUGUGCUCCAUGUGCCAUCUUGUUGUCGAGGCGAUUGAAAAUGGCAACGAGCAAGUUCUCGCAGAUGUGCGGCGAAUUGUACGUGAUGAGGAGUUUGUGCCGUCGACACCGCAGGAGAUUGCAGCCAAGAUCUUCUUCACCAUGUACAUGGGCACCACAAACUCGUCCAAGGAAACACGCGACCGCGCCAAGGGCCUCGCCAACGAGAUUGGCGCUGUUCAUUACGACAUCAACAUGGACACGGCCGUGUCCGCCAUCACAUCCCUCUUCGCUCUCGUCACGGGAAAAACACCAAAGUUCAAGGUUCACGGCGGGAGCCACCAGGAGAAUUUGGCGCUGCAGAACAUCCAGGCGCGACUGCGAAUGGUGCUGUCAUAUCUCUUUGGGUCGCUACUUCCCUGGUGCCACGGCCGUCACGGCUCCCUCCUCGUGCUCGGCUCUGCAAACGUCGACGAAUGCCUGCGCGGGUACAUGACCAAGUACGACUGUUCCUCUGCCGACCUGAAUCCCAUUGGCGGCAUCAGCAAGGCCGAUCUUCGCCGCUUCCUCCCGUUUGCUGCAGAGCGCUUCAAGCUCCCGUCCCUCCACGGGAUCCUGAGCGCAAAGCCGACGGCAGAGCUCGAGCCGAUCACAGAGGGGUACACGCAGACGGAUGAAGAGGACAUGGGCAUGACAUACGAUGAGCUGUCGACAUACGGACGUCUUCGCAAGAUCAGCAAGUGCGGGCCGUACUCGAUGUUCCGCAAGCUCGUGGACCUGUGGAGCGAUCGCCUCACCGUUCGCCAGAUUGCGGACAAGGUCAAGUACUUUUUCCGCAUGUACUCCAUCAACCGCCACAAGACCACCGUCCUCACGCCGUCCUAUCACGCAGAGGGGUAUUCACCGGAUGACAACCGGUUCGACCUGCGCCCGUUCCUGUACAACACGCGCUGGACGCUUCCGUUCAAGUGCAUCGACAACGACGUGUCGCGGUGCGAGGAGGCCGUGCACCACCGCGAGGAAGCAGCAUGCCAGGAGCCAACCGCCUGAUGCCUCUGCACCUUGCUCUGUGUGCGCGUGCGUGCGUGCGUGUGUGUGUGCGCGCGUGCGUG